CUGCCAACGGUCACAUUGAUUUGCUCACAUAACCUGCUGGAAUUAUUUUGCCGAAAACCACAAAUCCUAGCAAGAUGCAGAUCACUCGCUUCGCCCUGCGCCAGAUCACCCGCCAAGUGCGCCUGCAACGCAUGUACAGCGCCGCUGCUCCGGCUGCCGCUGUCUCUGGAGCAGAGAAACUGGUGCCGCCUCCGCCAGAGGGUGCAGCCAAGCCACCGAAUCCCAAACUGGACAGCAUAGUCAACAACAUUGCCGCCCUGAAUCUUCUGGAGGUCGCCGAGCUGAGCACGCUGCUUAAACAGAAACUCAACCUGCCUGAAACCGCGUUCGCCCCCCAGUUCGCCGCUGGACCGGCACGUGCUGCACCCGCCGAAGAUGAUGAGGAGGCAGCGCCCAAGAAGGUGCAAACCUCGUUCAAGGUGAAGCUGGUGAAGUUCGAUGAGAAGCAGAAGGUGGCGCUGAUCAAGGAGGUGAAGAACCUGCUGGAGGGCAUGAAUCUGGUCCAGGCCAAGAAGUUCGUCGAGAGCGCCCCGACCAUUGUCAAGGAGGAUGUACCCAAGGAGGAGGCCGAGAAGCUGAAGGAGGCUCUGGCCAAGGCGGGCGCCAUCAUCGAGAUUGAGUAGGGUCAACGCAAUGCUCGCCUUUUUCGUUUUUCUAUUCUGCGUUUAGCUGCUAGUUAUUGUUUUAAUAAAAAGCCAGGCAACAUUUGCUGUAAACUUAA